UUGCACUACGAUAGUCAAGUCGGCCGAGUGUUACUAAAACAAAGCGUCUUGUAGCAAAACGCAAUAUUCGGCAGCGUGUAACAGUGCAAUAGGGACACAGCUGCAUAGACAGGACUAUUAGUCCUGACAUAAGUUGGUCUGGUUUUUAAGAUUUUUGACGUUAAUUUAAGUAUUUAACUGAUACUCGGCUCGAUUAAGGCAUACCAAAAACAAAUCUAAACGAAAUACGCUACAAUGUCGAGAAUUUGGUGUUUCGUGAGUUUAUUGUUGGUGAUGUCAGCGGUGUUGGCGCGGCCCGAGCCGCCAGUGAACUCUUACCUGCCACCCUCAGCCAAUGGUAAUGGUAAUGGCGGUGGACGUCCCUCAUCGCAAUAUGGUGCGCCUGGCCUUGGUGGUAAUGGUAAUGGUAACGGCGGUGGACGUCCCUCAUCGCAAUAUGGCGCACCUGGUUUAGGUGGUAAUGGCAACGGUAAUGGUAACGGCGGUGGACGUCCCUCAUCACAAUAUGGUGCACCUGGUUUAGGUGGUAAUGGCAACGGUAAUGGUAACGGCGGUGGACGUCCUUCAAGCACAUACGGCGCACCUGGCUUAGGUGGUAAUGGUAACGGCGGUGGACGUCCCUCAUCGCAAUAUGGAGCGCCAGGUUUAGGUGGUAAUGGCAACGGUAAUGGUAACGGCGGUGGACGUCCCUCAUCGCAAUAUGGUGCACCUGGUUUAGGGGGUAAUGGCAACGGUAAUGGUAAUGGCGGUGGACGUCCUUCAAGCACAUACGGUGCACCUGGUUUAGGUGGUAAUGGUAAUGGCAACGGCAACGGUCGCCCAUCAAGUACAUACGGCGCUCCCGGUUUAGGUGGUAAUGGUAACGGCAACGGCAACGGACGCCCCUCAAGCACCUAUGGCGCACCAGGUCUUAAUGGGAAUGGUUUGGGUGGUGGACAGAAGCCCUCUGAUAGUUAUGGUCCUCCAGCCUCUGGUAAUGGCAACGGCUAUUCGAAUGGCGGUAGUGGUAAUGGUAAUGGAAGUGGACGCCCAGGACAAGAAUACUUGCCACCUGGUCGCAAUGGUAACGGAAACGGCGGCAGAGGUAAUGGAAACGGUGGCGGAGCAAAUGGCUAUGAUUACUCUCAGAGCGGCAGUGGCAGUGAUAGCGGAGAGAGCGGUAUCGUUGACUAUGAAGCCGAUCAGGGUGGUUAUCGUCCGCAGAUUCGUUACGAAGGUGAAGCUAACAAUGGUGCCGGUGGUCUCGGUGGCGGUGCUGGUGGCGCUAAUGGUUAUGAUUAUGAACAGAAUGGUAAUGGACUCGGUGGCGGCAAUGGUUAUUCGAGCGGACAAGAUUUAGGCAGCAAUGGUUACUCUAGUGGACGUCCCAAUGGUAAUGGUAAUGGAAAUGGUAACGGUAACGGUAACGGCUAUAGUGGUCGCAAUGGUAAAGGACGCAAUGGCAACGGUGGCGGACAAGGACUCGGACGCAACGGCUACUCUGACGGACGUCCGAGUGGACAAGAUUUAGGCGAUAAUGGUUACGCAAGUGGACGUCCGGGUGGUAAUGGCAGUGGCGGUAAUGGUAAUGGUUAUUCGAACGGUAAUGGCAACGGCAAUGGCAAUGGUGGUGGUCAGUACAGUGGUAAUGGCAACGGCUACUCCGAUGGCAGACCGGGCGGUCAAGACAAUCUCGAUGGACAGGGUUACUCAAGUGGACGUCCAAAUGGUUUUGGACCUGGUGGUCAAAAUGGCGAUAAUGAUGGCAACGGUUAUCGAUAUUAAGUAACUGACAAUGGCAACGAUUAUGUGACGACCCAUAGCGGACAACGAGCCCACGAAUAAACGGCGGGCAUGGAAAAAUGAAACGCUCCUCAUCAUGCAUACCGAAACAUAUUACAUACAUACAAACACAUUACCCAUACUCGAUAUUCAAUCAUCAUAACACUAGACUAUUAUAUACGUAAUGUAUUUGCAUAUUAUCUAGUUAGCAUUUAGUGCGUGUAUAUGAAAUGCAUGUGGCAUAUAAAUAAGAACAGUUAGUAAACUUAAAGUUUUAAUGUGAAACUGCUAACCCUGUAGUCCCAAACUUUACAAUCUUUACUUAAAGCUUCAUGUUCUUCAUCUCCAUUUGGAAGUAGUCGCUCAACCUGACUGUAUUUAACUUACUACAUAUAACUCAUUUCAUAAAAGUCUAUGCUAAGUUGUACUCCUUACCUUCUAAAUACUUAAUAUUUGUUUAUAAAUAUAAAUACUUAUAUAUACUAUAUACAAGCCAACACAUGUAAAUCUUAGGUUAAUAUUAUAGCAAUGAAACGGACAAGCAAAUGUUACAAUAAAACACAAAAAUAUUUGACGAUUUUUAUAACAAAAUA